UAUCAUCUCAACUGUGUGUCGUGUGAUAUUUGUAUGAGAACCGUUUUGAAAUUUGUUGUAGUAGUGAUUGGUAAACAUUCAUGUUAUUGCUUUUGCGUCUCAGUCUAGUUUCUCAUCCGUCGUAAUAAUAAUCCACAGUACUCGUGAAUAGUACAUCUGCAAAAAGUAAAAGUGAGAGGCAAUCACAAAAGGAUUCAAUGUACUGUCAAAGCAUUGUUCCAGUGCUUUCUGUCAAACGCUCAGGUUGAAGCAACAGCGACAUUUGUGUUCAUGGCGCUGCUUUGAUCAUCCGAAAGUAGGUUUUUUCGCAGUGAGUGGAAUCAGUGGUACAUUAUAGUCCAUGGAGGUGUGCCCUGAUACAAUGCUGCUUCAGGACUUCCCUGAUGAAAUACUGCUUGAAAUUUUCUCACGACUUCCAGUUAAAGAUAUAGUUACAUGUGCUCUUUAUGUUUGUAAACGCUGGAAAGCCGUGUGUAGGAGUUCAGCCCUCUGGAAAGGGCGAGAAUAUCGGUUAACAGACAAAAAAAGGAAAUGUGAGAUUGUGGAAGUAGCCAAACUUAUUCCACACCUGACAACACUUUUUGUAGGGACAGGUACAAAAUUCUGUGUAUGGUUUACUGGUUGCAAUGUGCUUCUUUCAUCAGGUGUUGAUUUUGAAAUAAUUAGGGAUUUAGUUUUGAGUUGUAAUAUUAGUAACAUAACAGUUCCAAGAGGUCUCUUCAGUCCUGAUUUGUUUCCAAAGCUGCUUGAUGAUGAUAAGAAACUCAGAUAUUUAACUGUGAAACAUGAUCCAAUGAUGUAUAACACUCCAGGUGAAACUCUACCACUUUUACUAAGACAGGGGUCACUGUCGGAGUUGAAAAUACUUCACAUACAUGGUGCCCGAAGUAUUACUGUUGACACUGUCCUUCAGUUGUGCCAGCACUGUCCCCAUCUUGAAGAACUGGCGUUACAUGAAUUAAGUCAGGCCUCAGACCAUGUGUUACAGAAUUUACAACUGUGCCCUAAACUUCGCUUACUGGAAAUCACACAGUCUAACUCACUUCGUGAUCUUUCAUUUUUAAAAUGUUGUCCAAACCUGUUGGAAUUGGAUCUUACUAUGUGCUACUCUUUACAGCCCUCCUCUUUUCAGCAUUUGCUACACCUGAAAAAGUUGAAAUGGUUUCAUAUGAGGCACUGUAGAGCAAUUGGUUUACCACUUGCUGCCAUGGCUGAAUAUCUUGUUCACUUAAAGAUUAUUGACUUGUUUUAUUCUGCUGGUUUUAGUGAAAGUGAACUGAAAAAACUACAGAUGAUAGCUCCACACAUAAUUGUGUUACAGGGGCCUUUUGACCAUAGGUAGCUUCACAUAUAAUUGUUACAAGAGUCUUUUGGUCCAAUGUUUGAAAAUACAAUUAAUUGUAUCCUUCAUAAAUGUCAGUACUUGUGCUAAUGAUCUGCUAAAAAGUUGUCAUGUACCUUGUAAAUAAAGGAACAUAUGUUCAUGGUA